CAUGGGCUGGUUCUCUAGGAUUGUCUGUCUUUUCUGGGGAGUAUUACUUACAGCAAGAGCAAACUAUCAAAAUGGGAAGAACAAUGUGCCAAGGCUGAAAUUAUCCUACAAAGAAAUGUUGGAAUCCAACAAUGUGAUCACUUUCAAUGGCUUGGCCAACAGCUCCAGUUAUCAUACCUUCCUUUUGGAUGAGGAACGGAGUAGGCUGUAUGUUGGAGCAAAGGAUCACAUGUUUUCAUUCAACCUGGUUAAUAUCAAGGAUUUUCAAAAGAUUGUGUGGCCAGUGUCUUACACCAGAAGGGAUGAAUGCAAGUGGGCUGGAAAAGAUAUCCUGAAAGAAUGUGCUAAUUUCAUCAAGGUGCUUAAGGCUUAUAAUCAGACUCACUUGUAUGCCUGUGGAACAGGGGCUUUUCAUCCAGUUUGCACCUACGUUGAAAUUGGACAUCAUCCUGAGGACAACAUUUUUAAGCUGGAAGACUCACAUUUUGAAAAUGGCCGUGGGAAGAGUCCAUAUGACCCUAAACUGCUGACGGCAUCUCUUUUAAUAGAUGGAGAAUUAUACUCUGGAACGGCAGCUGAUUUUAUGGGGCGAGACUUUGCUAUCUUCCGAACUCUUGGGCACCACCACCCAAUCAGGACAGAGCAGCACGAUUCCAGGUGGCUCAAUGAUCCAAGGUUCAUUAGUGCCCACCUCAUCCCAGAAAGUGACAACCCUGAAGAUGACAAAGUGUAUUUUUUCUUCCGUGAAAAUGCGAUAGAUGGAGAACACACUGGAAAAGCCACUCACGCUAGAAUAGGUCAGAUAUGCAAGAAUGACUUCGGGGGCCACAGAAGUCUGGUGAAUAAAUGGACAACAUUCCUCAAAGCUCGUCUCAUUUGUUCAGUGCCAGGUCCAAAUGGCAUUGACACUCAUUUUGAUGAAUUGCAGGAUGUAUUCCUAAUGAAUUCUAAAGAUCCUAAAAAUCCAAUUGUAUAUGGAGUGUUUACAACUUCCAGUAACAUCUUCAAGGGGUCAGCCGUGUGCAUGUAUAGCAUGAGUGAUGUGAGAAGGGUGUUCCUGGGUCCAUAUGCUCACAGGGAUGGUCCCAACUACCAGUGGGUGCCUUAUCAAGGAAGAGUCCCCUACCCACGACCAGGAACUUGUCCCAGUAAAACAUUUGGUGGAUUUGAGUCUACAAAAGACCUUCCUGAUGAUGUUAUAACAUUUGCCAGAAGUCAUCCAGCCAUGUACAAUCCAGUGUUUCCUAUUAAUAACCGGCCGAUAAUGAUCAAAACAGAUGUAAAUUACCAGUUUACACAAAUUGUAGUAGAUCGAGUGGAUGCAGAAGAUGGCCAGUAUGAUGUCAUGUUUAUUGGAACAGAUGUUGGAACCGUUCUUAAAGUAGUUUCAAUUCCUAAGGAGACUUGGCAUGAUUUAGAAGAAGUUCUGCUGGAAGAAAUGACAGUUUUUCGGGAACCGACUGCUAUUUCAGCAAUGGAGCUUUCCACUAAGCAGCAACAACUAUAUAUCGGCUCUACUGUGGGAGUCACACAGCUCCCUUUACACAGAUGUGAUAUUUACGGGAAAGCCUGUGCAGAGUGCUGCCUUGCCCGAGACCCUUACUGUGCCUGGGAUGGCUCUUCAUGCUCUCGCUAUUUUCCUACUGCAAAGAGACGCACAAGACGACAAGAUAUAAGAAAUGGAGAUCCGCUGACUCACUGUUCAGACUUACAACACCAUGAUAAUCACCAUGGCCACAGCUUUGAAGAAAGAAUCAUCUAUGGAGUAGAAAAUAGUAGCACGUUCCUGGAAUGCAGUCCAAAAUCACAGCGAGCUCUGGUCUAUUGGCAAUUCCAGAGGCGAAAUGAAGAGCGAAAAGAAGAGAUCAGAGUGGAUGAUCAUAUCAUUAGGACCGAACAAGGCCUUCUGUUGCGUAGUCUGCAGCGGAAGGAUUCAGGCGAUUACCUCUGUCAUGCCGUGGAACACGGAUUCAUGCAAACCCUUCUUAAAGUGACCCUGGAAGUCAUCGACACAGAGCAUUUGGAAGAACUUCUUCAUAAAGAUGAUGAUGGAGAUGGCUCUAAGACCAAAGAAAUUUCUAACAGCAUGACACCUAGCCAGAAGGUCUGGUACAGAGACUUCAUGCAACUCAUCAACCACCCCAACCUGAACACAAUGGAUGAGUUCUGCGAACAAGUUUGGAAAAGGGACCGAAAACAGCGUCGGCAAAGGCCAGGACAUACCCAAGGGAACAGUAACAAAUGGAAGCACUUACAGGAAAAUAAGAAAGGUAGAAACAGGAGGACCCACGAAUUUGAGAGGGCACCCAGGAGUGUCUGAGCUGCAUUACCUCUAGAAACCUCAAACAAGUAGAAACUUGCCUAGACAAUAACUGGAAAAAAUGCAAUAUACAUGAACUUUUUUCAUGGCAUUAUGUGGAUGUUUACAAUGGUGGGGAGUGCACCUGAGUUCCACCAAUUAUAAAUUAGGUCCAUGAGUAACUUUACUAACAGGAUUUCUUCCUAAUACCA